AUGGGCCCUGCCUAUCUCCCACUCAACACCAAUCAUCGUGGGGAAUUAUACCAUUAUACCAUACACGCUACCAUCUAUGCAAAGAGAGAGACAAUGCUGGCCUCGAAAUUAAUAUUGAGGUCUUCCUCCUCAGCCGCCUCAAUUUCUCUCCGCCGAAUUUCACAACCUGCAUCUUCGAGAAAGAUCUCCUCCUUCGUAUUCCCAAGAGCCUCCCGUCUCCCACAACCUCUCCUCUCGAAGACUUUCCCGAAACUCGCCCCGCUCACGGCUCUUCGCUUCAGCUCAACCUCCGGCACGACUCCACCACUCUCUGAACCCACCUUCCUCCCAGAUUACACACCAACAACCCAGUCCGUUUCGGCCCCUAUCCCAACCUCCGAGCAUAUCGGGUUCCUCAAAGAAUUCGGCUUAGACUAUGGCUACGGAUUCACAACCCUCGUCCAAUCCCUUAUUGAGCAUGUCCACGUCUAUGCCGGCACGCCCUGGUUCGCUACGAUAAUCCUCAGCGUAGGUGUACUUCGUUUGCUACAGUUCCCAUUCUACCUGAAAAUGUCCGACACGGCCGCGAAGAUGAAAGAACUAAACCCCUUCGCCGUUCCCCUCACCAAGAAAAUGCGGGACGCACAGAUAGCGGGCGACACGCCAGGCAUGGUGGCAGCGAGGACCGAGCUCGGGCAAUUGUACAGCCGCUCGGGGGUCAAGCGCCGCUGGCUGUUUUUCCCAAUCUCGCAGGUCCCGGUGUUCUACGGGUUCUACAAGAACCUCCGCGGUAUGUCCGAUAUCCCAAUUCCAGAACUGACGGAGGGCGGAUUGAGUUGGUUUACGGACUUGUCCGUCGCGGAUCCGUUCUACCUCCUCCCCAUGGCCACUAGUGCCUCACUGUUCGCCCAGUUGUCCUUGGGAGGCGAAGCGGGCACCAACUUACAAACUGAGCAGAUGAAGAAGGUUCUCCUGAUUUUUCUGCCGUUGGUCACGUUUGUCUUUACCAGCCAGUGGCCGGCUGUCCUCACAUUUUACUUCCUGUGCAAUUCUCUGUUCUCGUUGGUUCAGACAAUUGCACUGAAGAAUGCGUGGGUGAGGGCAAAGUUUGGGUUGUAUCCUAUGCCAAAUAAAGCCGUUCCGAAUCCGUUCGAGGCACUGCCUUUUAAGACCAUGCCGGCCCCGACAUCCACUCUACCAGAGGUUAGACAGAUUGGUGGAAAGGGCAGUUGGAUGGACCGUAUUACUGGUGGUAGUGGCAGCAGCAACACCGAUGUAACAAAAUCUGACAAAACUGAAGAUGGCGGUUUCUUGGAAGGGAUGUUCAACGGGGGCGGGGAAAAAGCAGCCCACAAAGCAUACGAAGCAAAGCGCCAGGAAAGAAUUGCCAAAGAACGAGACGCCAAAUGGGAACUCCGCCUGAGGAAAAAACGUAUGCAACACGAGCAAAACCAAGACUAG